AUGAUUUCUGUCUUACUUUUUAUUUUUUUCUCGGUAAACGCAGUUAUUGAGAUCAACAAUGAGAAUGUAGUGAACACUAUUGGAGUCGAUCAUCCAUUUGUUUGUUUUACUCUUGACUGGUGGCCAGAUACAAAGGUUUCUUUCGGGAAUGCAUCCUGGAUCGGAACAGGGCUCAAUCAGCUCGACUUUCAGCAGCCGAGAUUGAUUCAAGCUGCGAGAACCCUUGCUUCAACCCACGAUUAUGGACUGCUCAGAAUAGGAGGAACAUUGCAGGAUUCAAUUAUUUACGACUUCAACUCUUCAAACCGCCAUUGCGACCCCUAUCCCUUUCAGCCUGAAGCGAGCUCUAGAACUGGCUUUACUCAAGAAUGCUUCUCACCACUCCGAAGAAGAGAGCUUGGAGAAUUUCUAGAUAAGGCGAAUCUCAAGCUAAUUUUUGGCCUUAACGCGCUUGAGGGAAGAUACGACGAUUUCUCAAAGCCUUGGGACUCGAAAAAGGCAAAACUCUUGCUUGAAGAAUUUGAAGAGACGAAAAUGGCCGAAAGACUUUUUGGCCUUGAACUGGGAAAUGAAAUAUAUGGGCGGUACAGUCACAAUGUCAAUAUUUCUGCAAAAUCGGCCGCAAAAGAUUUUACGAAAUUGCGUGAAAUCAUGGAUGAGACUCUCAAAAAGAAGGAAGUUAAGCUCCUUGGGUACGACACGGCCCUCGAUUUCAAAUGGCUCGUGGAGUUUUUCUCAAAUCUGACGAGUUUGUCGACUGAAUUAGACGCUUUCACCUGGCAUCAAUAUCCCCUUGGUCCCGGGGCAGAUCCGAACCUGGCAGAGAAGAUCAUGGACCCGAAGUUUUUUGGCAAGUUUUCCUCGCGACUUGACAAGCUAAAACAACAACGAUCUCUUUGGAAGAAUCACCAGAAUGUUCCACUGUGGAUGGGCGAAACUGGAGGAGCGUAUAAUAGCGGGAGAAACGAAGUGACAAACAGAUUCAUUUCUUCUUUUUGGUAUCUCGACUUGCUCGGGCUUUUUGCGGAGAAAAAGCACAAGGCUUUUUGUAGGCAAACACUGAUUGGAGGAAAUUAUGGCCUGUUGCAGAUGCUUCCAGAUAAAAAGGAGAAAGUCAAAGUCAAUCCGGAUUUCUGGGCUGGUUUUCUUUUCGCAUCGUUGAUGAAAGAAAAAGUCCUGGAAAUCUCCUGCGCCAAUGAAUUCUUCAAAUGUUUCGCAACGCAGCAGCGACAUUCUCUCACGAUUCUCCUUAUCAACUUCUCUGACCAAGAACAGAAGGAGUUUUUAUCCGACGAAAUUUAUAGUCACUUCUGUAGUCGAAAAAGCUUGAUAGUUUCAUCCUCAGCUCUUGAUUCAAAAGAUGUUUAUAUAAACGGAAAAUUGGCUCGCUUACCAGAAGAUUAUGACCAGAUUUCAACGCUUGAAGAAUAUUUUGCUUACGAAAAAAAUCAAGAAGAGAUCGAUAUGCCGCCUCAUAGCUAUGGAUUUUUUGUCUUACAAGGCCACAAAUAA